GGUGCUAUUAAAAUUCCAACGGUUUCCAUAUCUCCAGAGGACUUGAAUACAACUGCCAUGGCAGAAUUUGGGAAUUACAUUCAGGAAGUCUUCCCGGCUGUAUUUUCUUCAAAGUUCAUUCAACAUGAAAUUGUUGGGAAAUACAGCCAUCUCUUUACUGUUCAGGGUUCUAACCCUGAAAUGAUGCCCUAUAUGCUGCUUGCACACAUGGAUGUUGUGCCUGCUCCUCCAGAGGGCUGGGAUUUCCCUCCUUUCUCAGCUGCAGAGCAUGAAGGUUUCAUCUAUGGACGAGGAACGCUGGAUAACAAAAACUCUGCCAUAGGUAUUCUUCAAGCUCUAGAAUUUCUGCUGAGAAGAAAUUACAGACCUCGCAGAUCUUUCUAUGUUGGCAUUGGACAUGAUGAAGAGGUGUUUGGUCGGAAGGGAGCAAUGAAGAUUGCAGCUCUCCUGGAAGCCAGAGGAGUGAAACUCUCCUUCUUACUAGAUGAGGGAAGUGCAAUACUAGAUGGCAUCAUUGCGGGAGUGAAGAAGCCAGUAGCUGUAAUUGCUAUCACAGAAAAGGGUUCAAUAACACUGAACUUCACUGUGGAAAAAGAUCCAGGACAUUCAUCCUUUCCUCCUAAGGAGACAAGUAUUGGCAUUCUUGCAGCAGCGAUGUCCAGACUGGAGCAGAAUCCCUUGCGCAAUCUGUUUGGCCAUGGGCCAGAACUCAUGACUAUAGAGCACCUUGCAUCAGAGUUCAGUUUUCCUCUCAAUCUCAUCAUGAGCAAUCUAUGGCUGUUUUCACCUAUUGUCAGCAGAGUUCUCGCCUCGAAACCUUCCACCAAUGCCUUGAUUCGGACUACUACGGCAGUCACGAUGUUUAACGCAGGAAUCAAGAUAAAUGUCAUCCCACCUUCUGCAAAAGCAACCGUGAACUUCCGGAUCCACUCUGCAGAGAAGGCCACCGAGGUGCUAGAGAUAGUUAGAAACACUGUUGCUGAUGACAGAGUGAAGAUAGAUGUAGUAGAGGCCUUUGACCCACUCCCCAUCAGUCCUUGGGAUGACCAGAUGUUUGGAGUCCAUAUUUUGCAAAGAACCAUUCUGGAUACAUUCCCAGAUGUUGACAGCGUAGUCCCAGGCACAUGUAUUGGAAACACAGACAGCAGGCAUUUCACUAACGUCACAAAUGCCAUUUAUCGAUUUAACCCAUUGCUCUUGAAAUCAGACGAUCUUCCCAGGAUCCAUGGGUUGAAUGAGAGAAUCUCAGUUGAGAAUUACGAGAAGCAGGUCGAGUUCCUCUUUCAGCUGAUUAAGAACUGUGAUACCGACAAGCUUCCGGAGCCUCACGCAAACUCCCACGAGCUGUGAGAAACGCACCUGAGAAGAGCAGCUACUAAGGUGGACUCUGAGGUGGCAGGGGUCUGGGCCAUGAGAUGCAGUUGUGUGUUGUGUACUGAGCUAUGUCUAGAGUUUGUUUUUUGCAUGUUGGGAUUUACAUACAGAUGGAAAAAAACGCUGGUUGCUGCUUUAGGCAAAUGUACGUUUUGCCAGAAAGUGAUAAGAACCUGGACAAAAUACAAAAAGAACCCUGAUUU